AUGCCUGCUAAUUUUCCAGUUAAAGCUGAUGAAGAUGUUGAAGAUUUAACAGCUCCUUAUCAUGAACUUGAAGCAUUUGAUUCCAUAUGGGAUGCAUUAAGAUGGAAGCAUGUAUGCAAGAGAGUACCUAUAUGCUUCAAAAAAACUUUAUACAAUCGAUAUAUGUUAGCUAAUUUGGUUUAUUUGAGUUAUACGAUUGCACUUCUAGUCAUUGAUUUUUAUCCAGAUUUUAAUUCAAACUCUUCUGAUAUAUCUACAACAACAACAACAGAACAAUCGAAUGAUACAAUAUCAAUUCUUGAUCAACCUGUAAUUAUAAAUGAAUAUGUUAAUCGACUUUAUAUCGGUAAACCAUUAUUCUUUAUAUUCAUUGAAGCAAAACAGUGUUUUAUUUUUUCUUUUGGUUUUUUAUCUGAAGGUCUCGCUGUAGUCAAUAUUUUAGUAGCUUUUCUGUAUAUCAUAGCAUGGCGUGGUCGAUCAUGGUUUGAUGUUGUUUUAAUUCCAGAAUAUUUAAAUCAUGUACAAGCUGGACUUUAUCUCUGGUCAGCAUCAUGGUAUUCAAAACAAACUACUCUUGGUGGUUAUUAUACUGUGGCUGUACAUCGAAUUGAGUUAGUUGCAUCAUGUACUGAAAUAUGUGCUGCUAUAGGCUGGAUGAUUUCAUGGUAUAUGACAUAUACACGUACAAUAGGUCGUGGUUUUACUUUUGAUGAUCCUGAUACAAUGGGUUAUUUAACAACAACAACUAACACAUUGUUAUAUCUUGUGUAUAAUAUUCAAAUUAAUAUUUAUCCUGAGCAAUAUGGAACUAAUCAAUUAUAUAUCUAUGCGGAUGUCCUUGGUUUUAUUGGUUCUGUUUAUUAUAUACUCGGUACUUUACGUGAUGAGAAUUGGUUUUGGUUUCUUCCAUUAGCUGGGCAAUAUGGUAUAGCAGCAGGUAGAAUUCAGAUAGAAACACGAGUUUUACCACAAUUUGGACGUCCUGAAAUAUUGUUUACGGAUGAUCUCAUAAUAAAUAAUAUUAAAAAUUGGAGACGUGAAGUUCAGAAUAAGGAGCAAUGGCGUGAAAUAAUUAAUCAAGAAGUUAAGUCCAUGAAGACACGAUCUAAUGCAACACAUAUAUGUGAAAAUAAAGAAACAGCACUCAAACGUCGGAUCGGUGAAGGACUUCUUUACUACAACAAAAAUAAGAAUGCUUCUACAAUUUCAACAAUCAAUGAUGAUGCCAACUGCUCACAAUGUGGACAAUUUUUUUAA